AUGCAGCGCUUCCUGCCCUUUGCGGCCUCGACGACUCCCACGCAGGCCGCCACGUACCUGCUGGGCAUCUCGCUCUUCUCCAUCUCGUUCCUCGUCUUCCUCAACAGCUCCGUCUCCUUCGUCAUCACCGACCUGAUCGGCCAGAAGAACGGCGUGGGCGACGUCGUCGGCACGCUGGGCUUUGCCGACGAGAUCGUCGCCUUGGUGGCGUGUCCGGCCUGGGGCCUCGUGUCGGACCGUCUGGGCGUGCGGUGGGUGGCCGUGAUUGGAUAUGCGAUUGUUGCCGUGGCGCUGGCGGUGUUUGUGCAGGCGAGGAACGUGUAUCCGCAGCUAUUGCUGGCGCGGGUCUUGUUUGCGGUGGGCGCAUCGGCUACGGCUACCAUGGUCACCGCCAUCCUUCCUUCGCUGACAAACGAGGACGAGGACAUUCGCAACGCCGCCCUUGAGCGAGCCAAGGCCGCUCGCGCUCGCCGUCGCAGUCGAAGCUCCUUUGCGCGCCUGAGCGCCGCCUUUUCCGUCGAUUCUGAAGUCACCAUUACGCCAGAGGCCUAUUCGCGAUCGCUGCCCACUGACGAGGGGGCACCGUCCUCGGAUGCGCAAGCCCGAUCGGGAAAAUCGUCUGUGCUGGCGGGCUACGUCGGUCUUUUCACGGGCUGCGGCGCGCUGCUGGCGCUGUCGUGCUUUUUGCCCCUGCCGGCCAGGUUUGGAGAGAUUGACGAGGUGACUCCCGGAGAGGCAGUGACUUAUAGCUUCUAUGUUGUCGGUGCUAUUGCUCUGCUCGUUGGCAUCUUUGUCUUCUUUGGGCUGCGCAAUCUCCAAGGAGAGGAAGGCAAGGGUUGGCGACUACUGCUCGGGCUCAAGAGCCAGGAUGAAUCUGUUGUGGCUGGCUACCCUGGCAGAUCUCAAAACAAGGUUAUCCCGUACCUCCACCUCUUGAAGGACUCAGUGCUCCUUGGCUUCACCGACUCCCGGAUCGCGCUGGGUUACCUCGGUGGCUUCGUCGCCAGAGCUUCCACUGUUGCCAUCUCGCUCUUUGUCCCGCUCUACAUCAACACCUUCUUUAUUGGCAACGGAUUCUGCCAGGGCUCACCUAACGAUCCUUCACCUGAGCUGAAGAAGGAAUGCCGCCAGGCGUAUGUCCUCUCCUCCAUCUUGACUGGCGUGGCGCAGCUCAUGGGCUUGAUCUGUGCUCCUCUUUUCGGCUACCUGUCUCGCCACCCAGGUAGAGUCAACUACCCCGUUGUCGUGGCCACCGUCAUGGGCAUUGUGGGCUACAUCAUCUUCCCGCAGCUUUCAAGCCCCGAGAUCAAGGACGUUGAUGGCCGAGGUGGCACCCCCUACAUCUUUGUCAUUGUAACCCUCAUUGGCAUCAGCCAAAUCGGAUCCAUUGUUUGCAGUCUGGGCUCCCUCGGCAAGGGCGUCCUCGCCGUCGAAAUUCCGCGCGCUGCUCGCCGUCAUGCCAUUGCCCCCGAUGCGGACGAAUCCACCGAGACGGAGCCCCUGAUCCGCAUUGUCACGGAGGAAGAGUUUGUAUCGCGACUGCGCCUCAAGGGCUCCAUUGCGGGCGUGUACUCGCUUUGCGGCGGUGCAGCUAUCCUGAUUCUUACCAAGCUGGGUGGCUACUUGUUCGAUACAGUAUCUAGCGGCACUCCCUUUUACAUGAUGGCUGGGUUUAAUGGUGUUUUGCUCAUUGCUACGCUGCUGGUUGAUGCGUCGGCAACGUUUUCGAGGAAUAAUUAG